UUUAACAAUCUGCAUGUUUUGACGCAACAAAUUAGGAUCAGAAAAUUCAUAGCUAAGUACACAUACUCUCUCGUUCUCUCUCUCAAAAAUACUCAUUUCUCUCUCUGCAAUUUCUCUGCAAAACUCAAGAAGAAGAAAAUGGUUUACGUCAAGGGUCCAGGCCUCUACUCAGACAUUGGCAAGAGAGCUAGAGAUCUUCUUUACAAGGAUUAUCAGGGCGAUCGGAAGUUCACUCUCAGUACUUUGACUUCAACUGGGGUGGCCAUUACUUCAUCAGGGACUAAGAAAGGGGACUUGUUCUUAGCUGAUGUUAGCACCCUUUUAAAGAACAAGAACAUCACCACUGAUGUGAAAGUGGAUACCAGCUCCAAUGUAUUCACAACCAUCACUAUCGAUGAGCCGGCUCCCGGGGUGAAGGCGAUCUUUAGAUUUGUGGCUCCGGAUCAGAAGUCCGGCAAGGUGGAGCUUCAAUAUCUACACGAGUACGCCGGGAUCAGCACGAGCCUCGGGUUUACUGCCAAGCCGACCGUCAACUUCUCCGGUGUGGCCGGGAAUCACCGGGCCACCGUUGGCACAGACAUUUCCUUCGACACCGGUACCGGGAAUUUCACCAAAUUGAACGCCGGAAUCAGUCUCGCCAGUACUGACCUAAUCGCAUCCUUGAUGGUGAACGACAAGGGGCAGAGCGUCACGGCAUCCUACUUCCACACUGUCAGCCCGCUGACGGUCACCACCGUAGGGGCGGAGUUCACCCACAGCUUCUCGAGCAACGAGAACACCCUCACCUUCGGGGCGCAUCAUCUGAUGGACCCCACCACCGCGGUGAAGGCUCGGGUGAACAACUACGGCAAGGCGAGCGCGCUCCUGCAGCACGAGUGGCGCCCGAAGUCCCUCAUCACCAUCUCCGGCGAAGUCGACACCAGAGCCAUAGAGAAGAGCGCCAAGAUUGGGCUGGCUGUGGCUAUCAAGCCAUGAGAAAUUCAAAGCUUCUUUUCUCUGAGUUAGACAGAGCUAGCAAUAAAGGUGGUGAUCGUAUUUGACUAUAUCUAUAUGCUAAUUAAUAAUUGUUUUUUGGAGUGAUGAUGGAAGUUGUAAUCAACAUUACUCACUCCGGCUCGGAGUAGUCUUGUAUCAUCUCGUAUUUUAUUUCAUCAA